UUUUGGGAGGGACAGCAAGUUUACCUACUGCGCCUGUGCGUUUUCUUUUUCCGUUUCCGUUUUCUCGAGCGGUACGCGGAGAGUUGCUAAGCAGUGGCGGCUGGGUUGCUGUGGGUUAAACGCUGGCAGAGAAGGUGUCGCCGGCGUCCCAGUUUGUUUGGAGACGGGUGUGGACGGUCCUGAAGUGGAAGAGAGGGAGGUGACUUGUGCAAAUAAAGACUGACAGUGAGGAUUACUAUUAGGAUUUCUCAGCAUGAGCUUCCUAUUGCCCAAGCUAACUAGCAAAAAAGAAGUAGACCAAGCAAUACAAAGUACCGCAGAGAAGGUGUUGGUCCUCAGGUUUGGGAGAGACGAGGAUCCUGUCUGUCUGCAGCUAGAUGAUAUACUUUCUAAGACCUCUUCUGACCUGAGUAAAAUGGCUGCUAUUUAUCUGGUAGAUGUGGACCGAACUCCCGUUUACACGCACUAUUUUGACAUCAGUUAUAUUCCAUCUACUGUGUUUUUCUUCAAUGGGCAACAUAUGAAAGUGGAUUAUGGGUCUCCAGAUCACACUAAGUUUGUGGGAAGUUUCAAAACCAAGCAGGACUUCAUAGAUUUGAUUGAAGUAAUUUAUCGAGGAGCAAUGAGGGGGAAACUUAUUGUCCAAAGUCCUAUUGAUCCCAAGAAUAUUCCCAAAUAUGACCUUCUCUAUCAAGACAUUUAGCACAUUCACUACUCAAAGUUGAAGACAAAGGCACAUGUUGAAGCAGUACCCAAAUCCGACUGUGUUGUCUUCCUGGAGUCCUUCAGAAAGGUGCUCUUCAUCCCAGCAGAGAAGAGGUCUGACUUGGACAGAAAAUCCCCCGCCCCCGAAUAGAAGGCCAUGCUGGUGCUGUGAUGAGCAGCGACGCUGAAAUGUCUACUUGCUGCAGACCUCCGAGCAGUCAAGACAACCGUGGUCCGUUUUCCCAGCGUGAUUUUCUGAGUUUAUAUUGUACUUCUCUUUAUCCCUUAAGAUAAUACAGAGUCCUUCCCAACAUUACCUACUACUGUUGAAUUACGUUUAUGUGAUACACAAGGAAAAUAGAAAAUCUGUUUGCACAGGAAGAGAAAUACUUCUUUUGUACCCUAAGUGUACACACACAGGCUCCCCCUCGCCCAUUACUCCACUCAGGUGUUUACUGCGUGACUGCGCGCGCUCCCGUCGCCAGUCCCCGUUUUCCCUGUUUCUCUGGGAUAAGUGAUUCUCUGCUGAGAGUGGGCAGAUUUGCUUUAUUUUGGAAACCUUCUAGCUUAGACUUUUUUUUUUUUUAAGAUUUUAUUUAUUUAUUUAUUUGACAGAGAGAGAUCACAAGUAGGCAGAGAGGCAAGCAGAGAGAGAGAGAGGAGGAAGCAGGCUCCCUGCCGAGCAGAGAGCCCGAUGCAGGACUCGAUCCCAGGACCCUGAGAUCAUGACCUGAGCAGAAGGCAGCGGCUCAACCCACUGAGCCACCCAGGCGCCCCUAGCUUAGACUUUUAAAAGAGUAUCCUGGUUUGCUCAUUUUACUAGUUUUUAUGUUACAAAAUUGCCCAAGAAAUGAGACCUUGAACCUCUACCAUCCAGCACCUAGUUUGAGCUAAGCCAAAAAAAUGAGCUACCUGUAGUUAGUAGGAGCAGGUUUCUCCCAGAAGCCAGAGUUCUGCUUCUCUCUGGGGCUUUCGCUCCAAGGACUCAAGACUGGAAAGAGAUGCCAGAGUUGUUAGAAGAAAUAACAUCUUUAUGGUAUUUGCCCCUUUUAAUAACUUGAUGAAGAAUUCUUGCUCUUCUGGCGUCCCCAGCAUGACCUGCCCUAACCACUUGGGCAAGUCACUGCUUCUCUCAAAACCUCAUAGAGCCUCUGGAUCCUGACUUUCUAGAACAAGUGAAAAGGUGAGAGUCGGAGGGCCAGGGGCCAGGCAGGAUCAGCCAGUUGCAGGCCUCCUGGCCAGCAGAAGCCGGGUUCUGUGCAGGCCAGCACUGUCGCUGCAAGUACGUUCCCCCUUCACCAGCUGCUUCCCUUCCGAGCCUCAUCUGCAGGAAGAGGUGGCCACUGACGGGCACAGAAGGAAGGCUGCUGGGGGCUCUGGUGUCCUUCGCUGAUGAAAGGAGGGAGCCGCCACCACCACUGUGUUCUCCCCUCUCGCCGUGCUGGUUUUCCUGAUCCGUGGGGCUGCGGCAGCCAUCCCAGGACCAUGAGGACCAGCAUGGAAAGUGAAGGUGCAGAGAACAGUAAAACCCUGGGUCCCUAGAGGUUGUGAGCCUGUGAGUAAAUACUAGACCUACCUCCCUCCAGACCCCUGUGAAAGAAUAAAACAUCUUCAUUGCUUCUCA